CAGCCAGUGUCAAUAAAGACCAAAAGAUCGGAGGAGUCAUGGUUUACUAGGUCUGGCACCUCUUGUGUUUCGUUGUAGUUGAGACUGAGGCGAAAAAGGGUUUGCUUGCUUGGCUUGAGUUGAAAAAGGACAGUUGAGUUGAAAAGAAGGACAGUUGCUUGCUUGCGUUGAGUUGAAAAGAAGGUCAAAAAUUGUCGUGGGAGGAAAAAUGCAAAGACCAAAAAUUAUUCAUCAAAGCGAAAGUCACUGAGAGGGAUCCCCAAAACACCCCCCUUUCCCUAGCCAAAGCGGACACUUACCCUACGUGUAAGACGCCGGUCCCUUGCGCCUCCUUUAAUCGAUGUUGACGUGGUUACGGUUGUCUCAAUAAAAAUGUGUUAUGCUACCCCAUUUGUCAGGACGACGUAAUCAGAGUGUUGUUUUCUAUAGCUCUUACGAUCAUGAUGAACCUCUUCCCUUGAUAUCGCUUCAUUCAUCAAAUGAAAUCAUACAUUGAUUAAUGUUUUAUGCUCCGUAGAAGAUUAUCUACUUGGUUAGGUAGUCUUUUUUUGUCUUAUCUACUUUACAUAGACCUCGAUGUCAUGUAACUAUUCACACGACAAGAAAAGGAUGACAUAAUCUCUUGGCUGCGCGAAGGAGCGGUAGCAAUCGCCGAGGAAAUGCUGCUGUUCCCCUCUCUGUUCCGGUGGCCUCAAAAUGUCAGUGCACUACAUUCUCGCCGAGAGCGUAGAGGUGGACUGCUGUGGCGAGUGGCCCCAUCUGCCUUACGAUCGGGUGGAACAGUAGUACUACUAUCGUCGGCAUUUUCGUUGACCCCGUUGCACAUCGGUCUUUGUUAUGCUGCCGCGAGGCAGAUGAAGCACAGGGAUGAUCAAGGUACAAAACGCUCGAAUGAUAUUUGGAUUUUCCAUCAUUGCUAGAACUCUUUGCAGUGUCGUACGUUGUAUUAUUCAAUGUUGACAGCUUAAAAGACUGUUCUGGGUUUUAUUAUCCAUUUUUGAGAAGUCCUCAUCCACCUCUUCUCCUGUUUAGUCAUUUCUUUGUUGCAGUCUGAAAAAAGAUCCUCAUCCUUUUGCUCUCCUACUUCAUCAACAUCAAUAUCAUUCAUUCAAGUUGAACCUAUCAUUCCACAGAUUCUCCAUGGGAUCGAAAACCACCUGACAUCAAUGGCGGUGGUGAGGCGACCGAUACCGAUAUCCCAGAAGAUGAAGAUCCCCAUAGGGAAGCGAGUUUUGUCGUAGUAUCAACGGGGGAAGUAAAGCGAGCCAGGAGCAGUGGUACAAAAGGCCUGAACGCAGGGCAGGCCGAGCUCGUCAAACAACAACUCCUGAGCAUGGUUCCAGGAGGUAAGGUAAGAGAGCGAGUCAGUGAGCAGGCAGAGGCUGUUGACGUUGGCGCGCUGAUAAAAGAUGUACAAAGGAUGAAGGCACAACUACUAGAGCACCUGAUGGGCAUCCGAGAACAAAAUCAAGGAGAACGAGGCGACAUGGAGAUAAACUUGCAAGGCUUGCGCACGAAGGUAGAGCGGCUUCAAGUAGUCCUGCAGAUGAAGUUGUCAGAAGUCAACUACGAACUAGAACUACAGGCUCAGCCUGAUCGUCCGGCAGACUCGAACGGGUUGCUCCAAGGUGGAGAUCAAAGGAAAAUGGAACUUCGAAUAGAGGACAUCAGUGCGCAGCUAGCAGAAGUCGCAGAAACAGGAAAAGAACUGCAGCGUCUGGUCACAAAGCAAAUAGAAGAGUUGGGCACGACAGUGCAAAUCCAACAGGAACAGCUACAACAUCUUCAAGAUGCUGCUAGUACUGCGAAAGACACGAUGAAAGAACAAGAAGAACGGGCUCAAGUUGAACGUGUAGAUCAACAAGGAGAUGCGAGCACAUCAAAAAUAAGUGGGAUGUUCACGAAAGUAGAAAUGCUGCAGCAACAACAAAAAUAUCAGCGAGAGGCAAUGCAGAAAUUAGUGAACAAGCAGGCACAGGCGACGAAAGAUCUUAGACAGGCACUGGUGGUAGCUUUGCAAGCAGAAGCACAAGGGCAGCGACAGCAGCUGCCGACGAGUCCCACUACUAGUACUUCUCCACGAGAAGUUCGCUUUCGCAUUCCCUCUCCGACCACUCCAGCGCAAAUAGUGGCGUUUCUGGAUGAUUGGAACAAUCCAGAACCUCCUGCUCAAUUAUGGGUACAGGUGUUAUCUAUACCUGAGAAAAAUACCAAGCAUCGCAGCUACGCCAUCAAAUUCGCAGCGCCAAAGCAGGGGAGCCCCACAACAGUGUGGCCUUGGAAGAAACAACUCCAGCUUCUCAACGAUGAAGAGAUUUUUGUGACUCUGUGUCGGUACAGCUAUUUUUUUGAGUGGCAUACCGCGGGGGGCCGUUAUCGCGUAAUAGAUGGAAUUGGCGUACCUUCAAAACAUACUGCGGAUUUUCAGGAGCAGAUUCGUGGUGGAAAAACGAGCGAUCAGCCUUUACGCCACGUGAGAGUAGGAGCUUUCACGCAACGCGGAGGCAGCGCGCCAUUGUUUAGUGGUGCGAGUGGAGCUGCGGUGGCGGCGAUCGAGAAAUUACUUGAGGAGCCCGGUGACGGGUAUGAGUUCGAAGUAGUGUGUGAAACGGAGACGAAGGAAUGGCCGUUUGGCUCCAAACCGUAUGAGGAGUACAGCGUGAUCCACGUCAAAUUUCAGAGGGAGGAAGUUUAAGUUAUACCUGAGACUCUCGUAUGAUCCGAAGAUACCGGUUCAAUCUGUCGAUGUUAGAUUGUGAAACACAGUGUCCAAGUCCAUGGCGAUCAGAGUUGUAAGACCAGUGACAAACUCGUUCGAAGAUCUUACAAGUUUUCCAGUGUAACUCUGUUCUGCUAUUUUUGAGACGAAAAGUCCACGAGCUUGAUGGUCCUCUCGCUUCGUCCAUUGACAUGGAUGCAACAAGAAAACUUGCACUGGUCUGUUGGUGUUCAAGAGAACUGUGGGUAAGAUGAAGAACAAUACUUACCGAGCGAAGAAGAAGCAGAGGCCUCCACAAUGUGACAAAUUGUGCAUCAGAAAAGAUUAAGUAUUCAUCAAGUUCUUACCAACAAGAAGAAGAACAAGGACGUGGCUGCAAAAGGGUUGUAGUAUCAGUGAGUACAAUUGAUUUUCAGGAAAGAAACCCACUAGCACUAUCUAUACAUUGAUUGAGAUCUUGCUCCCGAUAUCCUUACUUUUUCUUGAGAUCUUCUAAAGAUGUCGUCUUCGUUCUCGUCUAAUAAUAAUGCAACUUCUGCUGGUUCUGCUAGUAGCACGACUAGAGCUCCCGCGGGGAAGAAAAAA